AUGAACAAUCAGAACCCUAACAUCCCUCAAAGAGAAAUCACCCAGCAAAUCGUUAGUAAUGGAGAACGUAUAUCUGAGAUCAGGGAAAGAAGCCAUGGAGGUCAUGAUUUGAACAUGGAGGACGCUGAAAAUGGAGACAGAGAUCCAAUCAAUGGGGCAGACCAUCUUCCUACUUAUGAAUCAAUCAUUCGUACUGCAAAUCAGGACUGGAUUAGUAAAUGGCUCUCCAAUGAUAGCUUAAAAUCUAAAGCUAGUGCUGUUCUUACAAUAGCUUGGAGUAUCUGGAAAGAGAGAUGUCUAAAAAAUUUUCAAGGGAAAAACCUUAAUCACUAUGUUACUACUAGGCUGGCCCUUAAGUUAGUUAAUGAUACAGAUACCUACUUGAGUAACUUUGUUUCUGAGAAUAACCCUAGAACUGUUACUGUAGGACAAAAUCUGAAUAGUGUCAUUAGCCAAUUGUCUGAAAAAUGCCAUGUUAUCUUUAGUGAUGGUGCUUAUGAUAAGAAAUCUAAAUUAUCUGGUAUUGGUUUGGUUAUGAAUGAUAUUACAAGUUCAUUCCUUGGAUGCAAACUCAAAGCCAGGAAUAUGAGGAAUGCUGAAGAAGCGGAAAGUCUGGUCUUACUAGAAGCACUGAAGUGGGCAGAAGAGAAAGAUUUGGAAAAAGUUUGUUUUGUUAGUGAUGCUAAAACAGUCAUUGACUCCUUCAAUUUCAACAAUAACCAAUUAUUUUGCUAUAAUAACUCAGUCUUGGAUGAAUGUAGAACAUUUAUUCCCAGUUUUAGCUUUGUUAAGUUUCAAUUCUUGCGUAGAAAUCAUAUUGUACUUGCUGAUCUCGCAACAAAGUUUAGUAGAAGGUCUAGAACCUCUGGAGAAUGGAUGGGCUUUAUCCCCGAAUUUCUCAAUUCUACUAUGUAA